UUUAUUGUAUCACAAACGCGUUAAUUCCCUGCUGUUUGCAGAUUUGGUUACAGUAUACGUUGUGGGUGACAACGCCUUGGGGUGCUGUAAUGACCUGCCUACAGAUUCUCACCCAGCUUUCCUGGAAACGGAUGUACUGUAAUUCAGUUACAGGAUCGCGCUUGAGUCCACUCGAUAGAAGGGAUCGCGCUGGCAGAAAAGCGGGACAAGACUGUAUGAUAACACAAUGAGGAUGAUCUAUAAGACUGACAGUGACUUUCGGCUCCUUAUACAGAGAUUUUACCAGUUACAAGGUGAACGUGUGGAGACUUACCGCCUCUUUGAUGAAGGGCAUCAAGCUUAUCUGAAGUCUGGCCCCCACUAUGACUUUAUCCAUUACCGGCAGUUGGUUCAUGAGAUUACACAGGCUUUUAAUGGCAUUAGCAAAGAACUUAUCCAGAUGAAGGAUCAGUUCAGGGAACUCCAUGAUCGAUCUGAUCUUUACGAACACCUAGAGAAGAUCCAGGAGCUAGAGAAAGAGAAAUUAGAACUGACUGCACGAUUACAACUAGCUAAACAGAAUGCCCAAGACCAUCCUAGUGAUGAAAGCCAUCAAGAGGAGGUUCAGCUUGUGAAACACAAGAUAAUUAAAACCGUGGAAGCAAUCAGUGAAGUACUACAGGAUUUCAAUUAUGAUUGUGAAGAAAUAAAAUGACGUCUGCCCCUUUGGAAGCCACAGAAUGGAAAGCGGAGCCUAGUCUGGACCACUUACUUGGAUCUGCACUGUAGCCAGCUCUGUUUCAUCUGCUGCCCUCUUGGGUGACUUUCUGGCUCUUUAUCAGUAGGUGUUGCUUAACUGACAUGGCAGGGACACGUCUUUUUGCACUGCAAUCUCUCCAAGUGAAUUUGAGCCGUAAUGUAUGUUUCUUUCCAAUGGUUUUUAUUGGUAAUAUGAAAUGUGCCUUAUGAUCUGUUUCCAGUCGUACUGUUUUCUUAAUUUGCUAUUGCUUCACAUUGCUGCAGCCUGUGUAAAUGAAAAGAUUACUAUUAUUUUGUGAUUGUACUUCCCUUUGUAUAUAAAGGUUAAUGAUAACUUUCAA